ACAUUCAAACAUCAACAUUUUAUUUUAAUUUAUUCACUUAUUUUAAAUUGAAGAAAUUUUAAGUUUCUGUUUUAAGACUUAAUUAAUUUUCAUUCCAUAAUGUCAUUAUCAUUAAGUGUGUUGACAUUAAACAUUUGGGGCAUUCCGAUUGUUUCAAAAGACAAAGAUUUAAGAGUCAGACACAUUGCAGAAACUUUUGCUCAAAGCGAUUAUGACGUGAUAAGUCUUCAGGAAGUGUGGAGCGAAUAUGAUUAUGUUAAGAUCAAAGAAAGAUUAAAUGCUCAAUAUCCAUAUUCACAUUACUUCUACAGUGGCGUCUUUGGCAGUGGAUUGUGCAUUUUUUCACGUCAUAAAAUUUUAUCAACAUUCUUCCAUCAUUGGAGUGUUAAUGGUUAUGUUCAUAAAAUCCAACAUGGUGACUGGUUCGGAGGAAAAGGUGUUGGCUUGUGUAAGAUUAAAGUAGGAGAUCACAUAAUCAACUUUUAUUUGGCUCAUCUGCAUGCAGAAUAUGAUAAAAACUGUGAUGAUUACAUGACUCAUCGUGUAAUUCAAGCAUUUGAUACUGCUCAAUUUUUGGAGAAUACUCGAGGAGAUUGUAGCUUGCAAGUGCUUGCUGGUGACCUCAACACUGAGCCUGGUGAUUUAGCUUAUCGUGUUCUUCUCUCAACUUCCCAAAUGAAAGACUCAUUUAUUGAGAAGCCUUCAAAUUUUGUUGGCACACACGAAUAUGUCGACAAUUCAUAUUCAACAGCUGACGUUUCUUCCAAAAAGCCCGAAGGCAUUCGAAUCGAUUAUGUUUUAUAUCGGGAAAACACAAAUGUAGAAUGUGAAGUUGAUGAGUAUGAAUUGCCAAUGAUAGAGAAAAUUCCUGAAUUAAAUGUUAGUUUUUCCGACCAUGAAGCUGUCCAUGCCAAAUUUAUAAUCUCAAGGAAAAAGUUAUCAACAAACAACUCUGAUAAUGAUAAAACUUUGAUCUUAAACAACAUAAAGAAUCUCAAAGAAUGCAUCACAACAUGCAACAAAUCACUGAAGCAACUUGAAUCUCAUCGACGAAGCUACACAAUGAUGGCAAUCGGUCUUGGAGUGAUUUUAAUUAACAUUGUCGAGAUCGAUCCGGCUUAUGGCUUUAAGACAGCUUACAUGAUCCUUAAAUUUCUCCUUUGUGGUUUGACACUUUUCUUUGUCUUCAUGGCGACGUUAUGGAACAUCAUGGAGAAGCAUGGAAUCCUUGCAGGAAAAUUGUCAAUGGAAAUCGCUUUGAGUAACCAUAAAGAUGCCUCUAAAGAAAUAUUAACAGAAAGAAAAUUUAUUACUGAAAAUGACGAUGUUGAGUAUCGGCUUCCAAAUAAUUCGAUUCCAUUAAGAUACGAUUUGUUCCUUUCAACAGAUGUUGAUAAAGCAAUUUUUGAUUUCAAUGGACGUGUAAAAAUUCGUAUAAAAAUAUUGGAAGCCACGCAAUUCAUUCAUUUGCAUAAACGUCAAUUAACAAUUGAUAACAUUUCGUUAUUGCCAACAAAUGAAAUUACAGAAGUUCGAAAUCUUUCUUCUGACUAUAAUGAAGUGAAUGAAAUGCUUCAAAUUACAUUGCCUGAAGAAAUGGCAAUAAACAGUGAACUUGUGUUGGAUAUAAGCUAUCAUGGAGUAUUACGCGAAGAUAACGCCGGAUUUUAUAGAUCAAGCUACGUAGAUUCAAACAACAACACAAGAUACAUUGCAACUACUCAAUUUUCAAUGACUGACGCUCGACAUUCCAUGCCGUGUUUUGAUGAACCCGGAAUUCGUGCAGUUGUUGGAGUAGAAAUUCAACAUAAUGUUAAUUAUAAAGCACUUUCAAAUAUGCCAGUUAUAUCAAUCGAACCCAUCGAUAAUUCUGAUUACGUAAUCACAAAAUUUGCUGAUACGCUUGAGCUUCAAACUUAUAUUUUGGGUUUCAUAGUUUGUGAUUAUGAUUACAUCUCAAGCUUUAAUGAAGACUUGGACAUCACUCAGAGUGUUUAUGCAAAAAAAGAUGCGAUUGAUGCUGGUGAAGGCGACUUCACUUUGAGCGUUGUUCAUCCUGUAAUGCUUUCACUGAGGGAAUAUUUAAAUGUUUCUCUACCCAUUUCUAAAAUGGAUCACGUUUUCAUCACAAACUUUCAAUUCAAUGCUAUGGAGAACGAUGGAUUGAUAACAUAUCGUGAAUCAAAUAUUUUGUAUAUCGAAGGAAGAGAUGACAUUGAGAUGAAGAAAAGAAUUGUUGAAGUCGUUUCACAUGAAAUUGCGCAUCAUUAUUUUGGCAACAUGGUGAACAUUAAAUGGUGGAGUUUUACUUGGCUGAAAGAAGGCUUUGCGAGACUUUUCCAAUUCUACACAUCAAGUUUAGUGUUUCCUGAAGAUGAUUAUAUUGAACGAUUCCAUAAGAACGCUCAAGGUGCUGCUUUUCGAUUCGAUACAAUUGCUAAUGAUGCUAAAUCAUUAAACUUUUAUGUUGAAACACCUGUCAAUAUUCGAGCAAAGUUUAACACAAUUUCUUACGACAAAGGUGCAUGUUUUCUGAGAAUGAUGCAAAUGACGAUGACAAUUCCAACAUUUGCUAAAGCUUUAAAAUAUUAUUUAAAUGACAUGUACUUUAAGGCAGCAACACCACAAGAUGUUCACAGGAAUUUUCAAGCAGCUUAUGAUGAAGAUUUUCCAGAUAAUGGCGUAGAUUUGGAACAAGUUAUGACAACAUGGGAAGAACAAGCUGGUUAUCCACUUGUCAAUGUUGAACGAACGGGAACAACAAUAAUUUUGACACAAACACGUUUUGGAGGUGGUGAUGAAAUCUACGCAAUUCCAAUUUCAUAUACCAUCAAAUCAAAUCCUAAUUUCAAUGAUAUGACGCCGAAAUUAUGGAUGAGUGAAAAGACAUCAACAAUAAACGACAUCCCUGAAGAUGAUUGGAUCGUAAUCAAUUUAGGUGUGAAUGGUUAUUACAAAGUUAAUUACGAGAAGAACAAUUUCGAGAAGAUUAUCAACGAAAUAAAAAAUAAUCACGAAACAAUUCCAGCCGUUCAUAGACGACAAAUGUUUAUUGACAUGAACCCGCAAGACUAUGAACUUUUAGAUGUUUUACAAAUAUUUGAAUUGAUGACAUAUUUGCCAAUGGAAAGAGAUGCGUUUGUAUGGGAUGCUGUUGAAAACAUCGAAGGAAUUGUAUCAAAAUAUUUGCUCGGCUCUGAAGUCAUUGCAGAAUUUCAACAUUUUGUUCAAAGCUUACUUGAACCACAUCUGACUAAUUUGGGAUUUGAAGGUAAAAGUUCAGACGAGCCAAAAGAAGUAGAGUUGAGACGAGUUGUUACAGCCUUAAGUUGUGCAACUUUAGAUGACAAUUGUUUGGAUUAUGAACACGAACGACUUUUAAGAUUUAUUGAAACAGAUUCAGGAACUUUCAAUUUAUGUGCAGCUUUAAGAAAAGCUGAUGAAGAAACUCAUUUGAUAAUGGUCAAAAGAAUGGAAACAACUGAUAAAGAAUUAAUAGCUGGCUUGGGAUGUUCGUUAAAUGCUGAAAUCUUAAAAAAUUAUUUGAAUAUUGUUUUAACUCCUUUAAAUGGAUUAAGUAAACUGGAAAGGUCAGCAAUUUUACAGUACACAAUGGGACAAAGUGUUUUGGGUUUGAAUGCUGUGUUCAAUCUUUUCACCAUUGCUGAGAAUUUCAACGACUUAAGACAAACGAUUCCAGAUGAAUUUAAAGCUGUCACAGCUGCAAUGAGUAACUACGUCAACACCGGAGAACAACGAGAAGUAUUUUCUUCAAUUCUUGACAUGCUUAAGAUGGAAAAUUUUUUAUCAGACGACGAAGCUCAAGAAAGAUUAGAUAAAGUUGAUGAGAAUUCCGAUUGGUUGGAUGAAAAUCUUGAGAAAGUCAAGAACUGGCUAGAAAAUUAUAGAAAAAAUGAAACUGAAGGUACCACCACCACGCCAACAACUUCGACUGAAAUCCCUUCAACAACUGGAGGUUCAAUUUCUUCGUCUGGAGUUUGCUUGUACAUCUUCAGUAUUUGUUACAUAUUAAUUGUGAAAUUUAAAUAAACAAAACGAUUCGAUUAAUUAAAAAAUAAAGAAUAAAAAGCUGAA